AUGACUGGUCUCAAAGCAUCAGGUCUACUCGUUAUACUUUUAUCACUUCUAAGCCUUCUCGCUGCACCCACCGCUUACGCCGCAACAACACUGAAACUCUCAAAACAUGUUACCUCCAACGUAUCUGGCCCUCUUCGACAGAUACAGCGACGUGCCAUGGAACGCAGAAGUAUGGCAAAACGAGCAAUUCAUAUCCCCAUGCACAGUCAUUCGAAAACGCAUGGAAGGAGACAUGAAAAGCGUCGUGAAGAUUGGGAUGAUAUGUUCCGUGACAUCAUCAAUGGUCUCGCCCCUCGGUCAACACCUACAUCAGUAGCAGCUGUCAAAGACGCAGAUAACACGGAAGCCGCAAAUGUGAUUAUAUCCCAAGUAACCAGAACCCGGACCAGAACUGUCUCGGCUGUACAGUCGCCUACUCCAACAAGUACAGUACAAGCUCAAGGACCAAAGGGAGAGGAACCAGAUUCAAAUUUGGAUAAUACCGGUGGGUUAGCCUAUACAAUUGAUGUCAAUGUGGGGGGUGUAGAUAUUCCUGUUAUAGUCGACACUGGAUCAUCUGCGUUUUGGGUUCCGACAUCUUCGUGCGAGAGUUGCAAACAAGCAGGAAUGACGAUUUCACCGCUGGUCGUACCGACCUCAUGUGAAUCGCAGAAUAUAACAUACGGGAUUGGAUCAGCCGAAGGGUGUUACGCACAUGGUGCUGUAUCUAUUGGACCUUAUGUAGUGCCUGAUGUCGAACUUAUGGGAGUCACGGCAGUGGAUCAGGCAUUGGCUUCUUCUGGGUCCGUAUUGAGUGGAAUCCUUGGCCUCGCUGGCGAGACCAACAGUGACGGACAACCUACCAUCGUCAAAGCCAUGUAUGACCUUGGUCUGAUCAAGGCAAAAACAGUAGGAUUUUAUCUAUCAGAAGACGAGAAUAUCGAUAGUGAAAUUACUUUUGGAGACGUCACGACCAGUGAACAUGCCGACACUUCUCAGAAAGUCAUCUUGCAAUCAGUGGCAAACGAGAUGAGUCUAUACGAAGUCAAGAUGGAUUACAUGACCGUUGGUGCAGAGAAUGUUUCAGGUGCAAAAAACGUAAUUAUUGAUACGGGGAGUUCGUACAUCUACAUACCUGAAGAAGAUGCUAUGCAGAUUUACUCCUAUUUACCAUCACCUAAAAUGUCGGAUCAAGGAUACCUUUUACCCUGUUCGCCUGCCGAUGCACCGGCUUUAUCAUUCAUUUUUGGUGGUAUGACCUUUGAUCUCGACUACAAAUACCUUGUUGGCGCAAAUGCGGGAGAAGGAGAUGGUUAUUGCUGGGCUAAAAUUGGAAGUUUGAAAGGAAUGGAUACAUGGGUGAUAGGAGAUGCCUUCUUGCAUACUGUCUAUACGUCUUUCAAUGUUGGUACAAAGGAAGUCACCCUUUAUAAGCUGAAAUAA